GCCUCGAGUUGCUAUGUUGCAAUUCCAACCAUGAGUCUGCUCACUACGGUGCCUGAGUCUGGUUGAACUACUACGAUGACCAUAGUCAAUGGACGAUAAUGUGCCGUUCAAGGGCAGCGAGCGAAUGCUAUUUCUACCCUGUAGAUCCCAGUUGUUCGUUCAUCAUUCCAACAAGAAACAGUCUCUCCUAUAUCCUCUAUCUACAAGAGCCGAAGCGAGAACAAAGUGCAAUUCCUUUGGAAGCCUCAAUCACCUCGAUUCACGAUCAAUCUACAUCAAAAUGAAGCUCACUCUUGCUACUCUCAUGGCCGUCAUGGUGGCUGUUGCCCAUACUGCCCCAGUUCCCGGUGAUAACACUCUCGUCGACGCCAAGCUUCUGAACGACUCCGUACAAAACGUCGGCCACAACCUUGGUGGUGACUUGCUCAAGGACAUAAAAAGCCUGCUUAAGGGGUUGACUGACACCCUGAAUGGAGUUUCCAAGCGCGACGACAACGCUCUCAUCGAGGCCAAUGUUUUGAACGAUUCCGUGAAGAACGUUGGCAACGACGUUCUCAGUGGCCUAGUUGACGAGCUUUCUGGCCUGCUUGAGCAGCUAACUGAAGCCCUAGGUGGGCUUCUCGGGCACGAAGACAACGCUCUCAGCGGUCUAGUUGACGAGCUGUCUGGCCUGCUUAAGCAGCUGACUGACGCCCUGGGUGGACUUCUCAAGCGCGGUGUGGACACCGAAGUCAUCGAAAAUGCUCUGGACAAUGUCGAGGUGGCUAACGAAGCCGCCAAGGAUUCGAACAUCGGUGAUCUCCUCAAGCGGGAUGAGAACCUCCUUGGUCUCUCGGAGGGCAACCACGGCCACCACGACGGUAAUAACCUUGGAGUCUUGAAGCGCGAUGGCAAUGCUCUGGUCGAGGCCGCAGUGGCUAACGGCGCCAUCAAAAACCUCAUCAACGCCUCCAAACGGGGCGACGACAAAGAGACCAAGGAUAACGUCCUGAUCAAGCUGAGCAUCCUCAACAACGCCUUGAAAAACCUCCUCAACGAUGUCUUAUAAACUACGAUUAAGUUUAUUUCAAGACAUGGAUAGACUUGGCAGAGUCGGUUCUUUCACGGAUACUUUGGCUCUUUAAAAUGUGUGUUUUCUUUGUUUAUUGCUUGAUGUUGGUCCUCAGACUGUUCGACAUGGGACUUUGGACCAUCUUUUAACUUAUUAGUUAUAAUAACAUAAUUAUUUGAACCG